GACAACUCGGAGGGGCGCCAGAGUUCCCGUUACUAAGGCAACAGUCCGCGAGCCCACCUCCCCUCCCCCACUCGGGCCCCAGCCGGGCCUCUGCUCCAGCCGCGGCCGCCACCGCCCCUGUUUUGUUUCCAUAGCGACAGGCUACAGGGCUGGCUCCAAACAUAACGCGCAGUGGAAAACAUGCGGCUCAGGGGACCCCCCCCCCCCCGCAGCCCCCUUGCGGGGCCGAGCCCCGAAUGACUCCGGAGCAGUGCAGGCCACGUGCAGUUCGGCAGGAGCCCGCAGAACAAGGCCAGGCGCCCAAGAUUCCCGUCUCCUAAGCGCACAUCGUCUUCAGGGGUUCGAGACUGCUCUUUGAGGCGCCCCUGGCCUACAGCCCGGACACCCUAGGGGAGCCGCCUCUGGAUAGGCGAGCGGUCACCCUCCCCUGAGGCUCACAGCCCCGCCUCCUGUCACCCCGCAGCAUCGCAGUCCCUGAAAAGCCGUGCCUUCCCGGGGACCUCCCCUUGCUCCCAGCCGGGAGCCUCCAGAGGGGCGGUGGCUGGGGACGGAACCGCGCGGGAGAAGACAGAAGCGUUCGAAGAGAUGCUUCCGGGGCAGAGGGCGUGCAAGAUGGCGGCGCCCAUGGAGCUGUUCUGCUGGUCUGGGGGCUGGGGGCUGCCGUCAGUGGACCUAGACAGUCUGGCCGUGCUGACCUAUGCCAGAUUUACUGGUGCUCCACUCAAGGUACACAAGAUCACCAACCCCUGGCGAAGCCCUUCAGGAACUCUGCCUGCUCUUCGGACCAGCCACAGAGAAGUCAUCUCAGUACCCCACAAGAUCAUCACCCACCUUCGAAAAGAGAAGUACAAUGCUGACUAUGAUCUGUCAGCCCGACAAGGGGCAGACACCCUGGCCUUCAUGUCUUUGCUAGAGGAAAAGCUGUUGCCAGUGCUGAUCCAUACUUUUUGGAUAGAUACCAAGAACUAUGUGGAGGUGACCCGGAAGUGGUAUGCAGAAGCUAUGCCCUUUCCCCUCAACUUCUUCCUGCCUGGCCGCAUGCAAAGGCAACACAUGGAGCGGCUACAACUGCUAUGUGGAGAGCACAGGCCUGAGAAUGAAGAAGAACUGGAAAAGGAGCUGUACCAGGAGGCUCGGGAGUGCCUGACCCUUCUCUCCCAGCGCUUGGGGUCUCAGAAGUUCUUCUUUGGAGAUGCUCCUGCUUCCCUGGACGCCUUUGUUUUUAGCUACUUGGCCCUGCUGCUGCAGGCGAAGCUGCCCAGUGGGAAGCUGCAAGCCCACCUGCGGGGUCUGCACAACCUCUGCACUUACUGUGCCCACAUCCUCAGCAUCUAUUUCCCCUGGGAUGGAGCUGAGGUGCCACCCUCACGGCAGACACCAGCAGGCCCAGAGACUGAGGAGGAGCCAUACCCUCGGCGGAACCAGAUCCUGUCUGUGCUGGUGGGGCUGGCAGCCAUGGUGGGCUAUGCCUUGCUCAGUGGCAUCGUUUCCAUCCAGCGAGCAGCACCUGCCCAGGCCCCCAGCACCCGGGCCCUAGGCAUGGCUGAGGAGGAUGAAGAGUAGAUUUGUCUCCGUCCUUCCAGGACUGACAUUUUUACUGUCAUGCAUUCCAGAGGCCCCUUUGCCUCCCCACUACUGAUAUAGCCAGAAAUGGGGUGCUAUGCUCCAAAAUAAAACCACUCAACUGA